GAGCCAAUGCGGAGGAGAGCCUGUUGAUUGACAGACGUGAAGGCCAAUCGCUAUCCGCCACUUGACCAAUGAGCGUGGAGGAGGCGGGGCCUGUGGGAGCGUCGUCACUCAGGACGAAGGUGCAAACAUGUCGUACGUGACAGAAGACAAGCGUGCAGCCAAACGUGUCGCCAUGGACAACACAACCACCACAGACAGCACGGCGACGUCCAGCCUGAAUCUGACGGAGACAGACGCCUUCACAAGCGAGGCACUUCUGGACCCCCGCCAGGAGUACAAGAUGGAUUACAAGCGUCGAGGCCUGGCGCUCAUCUUCAACCAAGAGCGCUUCUUCUGGCGUCUGGGCUUGAACGACCGACACGGAACCAUCACGGACCGUUACAAUUUAGAGAUCAGGCUGAAGGCGCUAAACUUCGAGGUGAAGGUUUACGAAAACUACAAAAAUGAGGAAGUCUUGGAGAAAAUCCAUGAGGCUGCCGAGGCCGACCAUUCAGACGCGGACUGCUUUGUGCUCAUCUUCUUGAGCCACGGCGAGGACGAGCACGUCUACACGCACGACGGCAAGAUCAGCAUCCAGCACAUCACGUCGCUCUUCAAAGGAGACAAGUGCAAAAGUCUAGUCGGGAAACCCAAGAUCUUCGUGUUGCAGGCGUGCCGUGGAGACAAGCACGAUGAACCCUGUGACGAGGUGGACAGCGAGAUCAAGACAAACGAGGUGACGGUGGACGCCUGUGCCGUCCACACUCUCCCGGCUGGGGCCGACUUCAUUAUGUGCUACUCUGUGGCAGAAGGCUACUACUCCCACCGGGAAACUGUAAACGGCUCGUGGUACAUCCAGGAUCUCUGCGAGAUCAUUAAGAGGUACGGCGAGUCUCUGGAAUUCACGGAACUCCUGACGCUGGUCAACCGCAAAGUGUCAAUGAGGACCGUUUUGAACAGUAAGGACAGGGAGGCCAUCGGGAAGAAGCAGGUACCGUGCUUCGCUUCCAUGCUCACCAAGAAGCUGUACUUCCACCCCAAAAAGUAACCCGCCUACACAUUUUUGUGGAAACUUGGAACGCCAUACGGCUGACCAGUCCAUUAGUUGACAUGACAAUGAUGUUGGAAUAAUUAUGGGUAAUUCAAAGAAAAAAAUCGGUUUCCAAUGUGACGUAGCGUCGGGUCCAGUAUUUACGCUGCAGGGUAGUCAAUUAUUGCGCACCACAAUAUAGGACCCAAUAAGUGGUGACCUCCCCUCUUCAGCAACUCCGCCCAAUGGUCACGAUGCUACCGCUCGUUUUGAUAUAAAAUUCCUUAUGAAUGGGUCGUGUCAGACAUACUGUAAAUGCUCUGCUUUUAGCCGCGGAGUUCAUCGAAACCCCAAAUUAAAAACAAAAUCAUUUCAUUUGAAUAAAAAAAUGGAAAGAGAAAGGCACGUUAGCAUCGAUUAGCUAGCAGUCAUGCUCUGCGCAAAUAUGUCUGAUUAGCACAUAAGUCAAUAACAUCAACAAAAUUCACCUUUGUGAUUUUGUUGACUUUAUCGUUGGAAAUGCAUCUACAUCAACAUGUCUACGAGAAAAAGGGAAUUCAUGUUUUUUUUGUGUAUGUUGUGUCUACGCUCAAAUGUUCAUUCCAAAACCAACUGAAACUGAGACCAGUUUAGAAAGUACCUCAGGGAGUUUUGUUUUUUUCCCCAACUUUGUACUUGUGUGGAUGUAAUAUAACAUCGUCACACGUUCUAUGACUCAGGAAGAACAGAGCCACCCUGAGCCUGACUUGUCACAGACAAAAAAAAAAGAUAGAAAACCGUCUGUGGAAGUUCACAGUAGGACAUCUGCCUUACUUAAAGGAGCCAUAUGUAAUAAUGUGGCCAGAAAUGAUAAUGCAUUUAAGGUCAAAAUUCUGUAGUCCCCUCCCUCUCUCCCUGACUUAAGGUUGCCAGAUACGCAGCCGAAUCCAGAUCUAUCAACUGGGCUACUUUAAAGAACUUCAAACUUCCACUGCCUCUUACUAGGUGUUGCGGUUCUGGGACCAUAAUAGAUAGAUAGUACUUUAUUGAUUCCUUCAGGAGAGUUCCUUCAGAUUCAAAAUAAGUGAAUAGACAAGCGUUUUGUCAGUAGCAUAUCUCUAACCAACACAUUACACACAGAAAUUAGGCCAUUUUCAGGAAGAAGAACGUCAUUCCUGCGCACAACAUCACAACAAAUUGCAAUCAUAUGGUUAUUGUCAGUACUAUCAAAGACUAAAACUAACUACACCCAACGACAGCAAUGGUUAUACUGGUGAAAAUAAGUAGAGCAUGCUUAGCAGCCUAAUGUAUGCCCAAAAAUAAAGAGGAGACAUUUUACCAAGGUAUGCCUAUAAGCUACACGAAUGAGGAAUUAUUUUAUCAUGGGAUUUGUCUUUAUACCUUUCACAUUGCCAUGAUGACAGCCGUGCUAAUGUUGGAACCCAUUUCUUCAGCGUACCAGCAUAUUGACAACGAAAUAGGAACUGAGACUACCCAUAUGCACAGGUUUUAUUUGAAAAUAUAUUUUGACCUGUCAGUUCAAUUACACCGCGACAUAAAGGGUAAUGGCCAUAUAUUUCCUCCAUUAGCCUGUAUGCCGACGUGUCAUUGACUAGGCUGGCAUGCCAAACAAUACACUAGGAGCUAAGCACCAUCACACUUAGCAUUUGUUGCACGAACAUAAGAGACUGUAUUGGACAAUAUAGUUUACAUACGAAAUGUCCAUUUCCAUUUAUUUCAAUUAAUAAGAAAACAUAAAUGCCUGACUUACCUAUCUAAGAGGAAAUUAGCAAGUUUGGCAACAGAUUAAAAAAAUCUUCUCCAUCUUUCCAAAGCAUCCCCGAUACAAAUCCUCGUUUUGUUCCUGGCUUUGUCAUGAAUAAGUUGAGAAUCGUAACAACGCCUUUUAGAUUUACUAAGGUCUGACAUGUUUAGUAACUUUACCAGUGGCAGUAGCUCGACGAAGGUGGCGAUGCGUAACUGGCAACGAUGAUAUAAUACACUUAAGGACUUUGUAAUUGGUCAAACGGCAGAGGGCGGGAUAUCAAAUUGAAAAUAAUAAGAUUUCGAGGCUGUGAAUCUAAUUUUGAAAUCAGCAUCUCCCGGCUAAACUACUGUUAAAAGUCAUAGAGGUAUUAAAAGAGAAAAUAACAUGAUUUAUUAAUGCCUUUUGACAUACCAGGGCCAAUUAAUGAUGACAUGAAAUUAUUACAUAUGACUCCUUUUUAAUAUUACUUGUGGAGUACCACAAAAAUCCGUCCUUGGACCUAUACGGUUUCCCAUGUACGUCAAUGAUAUUACAAUGUUUUCUAAACUGAUAAAGUGUAUUAUUUGGGGACGACACAACCUCAUUUUAUUCAGGACCAAAUAUCACUAAUGGGUGGAAAAUAAAUGUGUCAAAAUUAAAAGUAAAUACAUUGUCUUUGAAUACUAGUAAAACUAAAUUUGAUUAUUUGUAGUUGAACACAAGAGAUCGAGUUUUUGGGUGUUACGAUUGACGCAAAUUUGUCAUGGAAAUUACAUAUAAAUGAUAAAAAGGUUAAAACAUCAAAAUUUAUUAUUCUUUUACACAAAGUGAAGGAAUUGCUGAAUCAAAAAGCAUUGAAUAUUUUGUGUAACUCACUGAUUGUUCCAUAUCUAACAUCCUGUGUAGAAGUACGGGGUAACUUAUUUAAACCCAAUCUUUCUUUUGCAUAAGAGAGCUGUAAGAAUCAGUACUGGAAAUACAGGGAACCCCACAAAUCCAAUGUACGAAAAGUUAUUGAAAUUUAAUGAACUAGUAGAGUAUAAUAUCCUAAACAUCCUGAAUAAAUAAAACACAUGCAACAAUUCUACAUUCAAAACACAUUUUUAAAAAGAGAAAGUAAUUUUAAUCUAAAAGAAACUGUAGUUUUAAGAAGUAUUUCACUCAAAGGUGUUAGUUUAUGGAACACACAAAGUAAAAAUCAUGACGAUAAAAAGAUAUGACUGAGUCAAAUUAUGUUGACAUUAUUGGUUUAAUUGAAAAAAUGGCCAAUAUUGAAAGUCAAUUAGUGUAUUUGUGAAAAUAGGCUCAUUAAAUACGUUUUUAACUUUUCAUUCAUGAUUUACUUGAAUUGUAUGUUGAUUUUUGUAUUAUCCUUCCUUUGUUUGAUUUUUUUUAUCAAUGAACUGAACUGAACUGGUCGCUUCAGCGCGAUAUAAUCUGUUUCAGAUUUAACACAACAGGACAGAAGGCAAUUCAGCAAAAUGACUUUUAUUCCAAUAGUCCACUUUUUUGUCCCCCUCCCCCACAAAAUGUUUCCAAUUAAAAAGGCAUCAUUAUGAAAAUAAACAAA